AUGGGCCACAGCGUAACCAUCUCAACUACGAUACACGUCGCUAGCGCCUUUGCCAGCAAGUAUCUUAUCAUCAAUGAAGCUGGGCAAGGUAACUGCGGGAAAGUACUUUUCUGCGUUCCCGCUUCAUCGGCCUCAACUCUCCAGCGCAUCCAGAGCCUCAUCAUUGGCAGCCAGGUAGAGCAACACUUGCCAGCUCUAAUCGACUUUAAUCUACCAGCAGCAGGACCAGGAUCGCACUGGCUCGCCACGAACAUAAUCCAAAGCUUCAACCUCGUCCAACUAAUCAAAGCACUCAUCCUUCCAGCUCCAGUCUGCGGACCAGAAAACCCCCUCUCGCAAAACACCGCACCUUCCCCAGCACUCCCCGCAAUCCUCAUGCUACACAUCACACAGCAACUUGUUCAAACCAUCGCAUGGCUCCACACCAUCGCCAAUAUCGCCCACGGCGACAUUUUUAGCGGAAACAUUAUGCUCGACAUCUCCCACUGCAACUCACCUACUAACCCCUCCCUCGUCCUCAUCGACUUCGAUGGCGCAACCCUCGCUCCGAGCGACAUACUAUGCGCAAAAGAUUGUUCAUCCGUGUAUGAAUUCCUCUUCUCACUCGGUGAAAUCGGCGGAUUAUUUACCUCCCGCACCACAUCACAGGACGCAACGGAGUUCUGGGGCGAAUUGAUGCAGGUGCUUGUUGAGAAUAAGUUGGACCGCAGUGUGCGUGUUUGUACGAUGGGGUUUGGAGAGUUUUGCGCGAGGUUUGAGGGGGAGAUGGUGGAGCGAGCAGAGAGUGGGGUGGGUGCGGAGAGGGAGAGGGUGAAGGAGUUGGUUGACCGGGUUGUGGCGAUGAGUGAGGUUGAGUUUCCGGGGGAGGAGAGGGUGAGGGGGUUUUUGGGGCGGGGUAGAGAUUUGAAAUAG